AGCGUCUCUCCGUGGACUCAAUCUCCCGUGGUACCCCGCGGUGCGCGGCGCGUGUCUCUGCGUUGGAAUGCGCGGAAUGUGUUUCCUGUGCUCGGCAUCAUGAGCGCGAGAGUCGCUGUUCUUCAGCUUUUUUCGUCUCCAGCUCCGUUUCUCCGGUUGUCCGCGUUUCUCCACCGGGAUCCUGCUGUUCAGUCCCGCAGGAGAGCUGAAUGAGCGCCGCUGCGGAGCUUCAGCGAUGGCGGAGCCGCUGCUCAGAAGAACUUUCUCCAAACUCCGGGCCAAAGAGCGAUUCCGCCGCAAAACCGACCCCAAACUCACCGAUGUGACCGGGAAAGUGGAUCUCUUCCAAACGCCAUCGUCCACCGAGACGGAGAGCGGCUCCGCGGAGGACCAAACCCGACGCUCGCAGAUCACCGUUUCCAAAAAACAGAACUGGGCCAAACUUCCCACAGCGUGCCGAGAGCCAGACCCGUGCUCCAGCCUGGUGUACGGGCCUCCAGACUGGGAUCUGUGCUCUGAAAAGGCCGAUAAACAGGCCUGGAGCCAACGGACGCUGAGUGAGGAUGGCCUGAAGAGGAAGAGGAAUGAUCUGGAGUUAGAGUUUGGUUAUUCCCGGACUGCUGUUGAUGCAGGUUUACCAGAGCUGACGCCUCCAUCUACAACCUACAUGGAUGUGUGUGUGUCUUCAAGCUCGGCGAAGAUCUCCGGCCAGGGUGCGUAUCUUCAGCAUUUAGACCGGAGCAGUCGGGCCUGGGUUUUGUCCACUGGAAAACCACAGACUCCAGAUGAAACCCUUCCAACCAGGAUAACAGAGUGGCGGCAGGGCCCGGAGAGAGAGGGGAAUAUUUGGUACAACCCCAUUCCUGAAGAGGACGACGUGCGGCCUGGUGUCGGAGCCGGUCAGGAGGGAUACGGAGACCCGUGGAGGAAGAGAGAGAUCGAAGGGUUUGCAAAGGAGGAAAGGGAGACGAGUAAAAAAACAGGGGGUUUGAGUGGACCUGGCAUCCAAGGCGAGGCUGACGUCAGCGGGGCGGAUAGUUUGGAUCUGGUGCUGCCCUCGGACUCCAUCAGCGCCGCGGUCUCAGACAGUCCCGGCACACAGAAGAAAGCUCCAGCAGAAAGCAGCAGCAGUGUGAUGGACCGGAUCAAAUCUCCAGGGACGGUGCGUCGGCUCUCAAUGAAGAUGAAGAAACUGCCGGAGCUACGGCGUAAGCUGAGCCUGCGCUCGUCCCGGAACCAGCAGCGUCACGGAGCGAGCGCCAGCAGCACACACACACCAUCAGACGACGCCUCGCCUACAAACACACGCAAGGAGUCCUCCAACGUGAUCAGCAGAUAUCACCUGGACUCCAGCGCUCCCGCUCGGCCCACACGCAGAUCCUCCCGCUCGGCCAGUAAAGGAGGAUAUCUGAGUGACGGAGACUCGCCUGAGCUGCUGCCCAAAGGGUCACCGACGCCUCAGGAGUCGCUCUCGGUGGCGGACGCGGAGUCUUUCCGCUUGUAUUCGCUGGCGGAUCAGCCGCGCUGCGCUCAGAGACUGUCAGGCCUGCUAACGGUGCAUCUGCUAGGCGUGGAGGAGCUGCUCAGAGCUAAUAAGGCUAGCAAAGAAGUCUUCUGUGCCAUUCAGGUGGACGGAGUGACCCGCGCCCGCACCUCCCUGCUCACCUGUCGGGGGGCGUGUCUUCCUCUCAACCACACCUUCAAUCUGGAGCUGGAGCGGGCACGGCUGCUCAAGCUGGUGAUUUUGACGCCGGCGACUGCUAAUGCUAGCAGUGCUCCCGCACGCAACAGAGUGUGCUGUGUGGGUGCGGUCGCCAUUCCGGCUCUAUUCAAAGCGUGUCGCAGUCAGCAUCUGUGCGUGCGUCUGGAGCCCCGCGGUCUGCUGUAUGUGAAGCUGACCCUGCUGGAGCAGUUUGUGAGCCCGUUCCCGCGCCCCGGAGACCUGCCUCCGCCGGCGGUGUUCGGUGUGGAGCUGCGCCCCCUGGUGGAGAAGGAGAGCACUGCGCUGCGAGUGCCGCUCAUCAUCCAGAAGUGUGUGUCUGAGAUCCAGAGGAGAGGACUGAGGGUGGUGGGAUUGUAUCGUCUCUGUGGCUCUGCGGCGGUGAAGAAGGAGCUGCGGGAUGCGUUUGAGCGAGACAGUGCAGCAGUUACAUUAAACGAGGAGCUCUAUCCUGAUGUUAACGUCAUCACUGGCAUUUUAAAGGACUACCUGCGUGAGCUGCCAUCUCCGCUGAUCACGAGGACCCUGUAUGAGGUGGUGUUAGAGGCCAUGACGGUUCGUCCAGCAUACAGGAAUGACAGCGACGCUCAGAAAUCCCAGAGCACCGUUUCUCUGCUGCAUUGUCUGCCGGAGCCUGAGAGGGCGACUCUGUGUUUCCUGCUGGAUCAUCUGAGUCUGGUGGCGUCCUACAGUGACAGCAACAGGAUGACGUGUCAGAAUCUGGCGGUGUGUUUCGGGCCGGUGCUGCUGACGCCCAGUCAGGAGUGUUGGCAGGCAGGUCUGUCGGCUCCUGCGUGCGGGGGGGUCCUGCCGGGGUCCGGGGCCUCGCGGGGGGGACGCAGCUUUGCCCACAGUGAAGAAAUCAACAGCGCCGUGGACUUUAAACGGCACAUUGAAGCUCUGCAUUACCUCCUGCAGCUCUGGCCGGUGCCUACAAAUGGAGUGCUGGAGGACUGCGAUCAGCCUCAGGCGUCCCACAAUGCAUCAGUGCGCCUCUGUCAGAGAGCACCGCUCCAUGUGGAUCUUCCUCCAGCACAGGAAGUGGUGGUCUCCCGGAGAGGGCGUGGCCGGCUGGAGAGCCCACCCUGCAACCGCUACGCCGGCGACUGGAGCGUCUGUGGGCGGGACUUCCUGUCCAACGAUGAGGCAGAUUACGAUGAGGUGGCGGGAAGUGAAAGCGAUGAGGAAAAGAAGCAGGAAGUGUGGACGACGGCGGACGGUUUGUACAUGGACGACUUCACACUAGACUUUGAUGCACCGUUCACCUGCCGACUGAGUCUGAAGGACUUCGACACGCUCAUUUCAGACCUGGAGAGAGAGUUAGCCAAACAGAUCAACAUUUGCCUGUAGAGUCACACACGCUUAAAAAGAGUGCAGCUUUCAAUACAUGCGUUCAGUUGCAUGGACAGAUACUCAGAUGCAUUUUAAGAUGCUGCUUUAAAAGUAAUGCAACGUUUAAUACAUGCAUUCAGUCGCAUCUACAGUAUUUCCAUUAAUCAGAUGUGUUUUUAAGAUGCAGCAUUAAAAAUAAUGCAGGUUAUAAACCAUG